UUGAUGGUACCUCGGAAAGGUACAACUCCAGAUCUGGGACACAUGAAAAUAUAUUCAGUGCGUUAAAACACUCGAGAAGAAUAACUGGAAAUCUGAUUAUAUCCCAGGUAUAAGUUCUUUUCUGUUUUACCCAAUGGCUUCAAGUGUUUAUAAGAUGAGGGUUCGGUUUGAAACAUCCUUGGCACGAUCCAAAGACUAUGUUCCUAUUAGAAAUCGGUCUUACAUGAAAGUGGAAUCUGAAAAGGAUUAUGAAACAUACAGAGAGAGUAAUGCAGAAUUCCCAUCAAGACCUGCAAGUUAUGUGUCAUUUUCUACCAAUAUUUCGAUGCCAGUCAGUUACAGAAAUAGCUUGACAUCACAUGCCACCAGCCAUGCCAACAGCAGACCAGGGAGUUAUCAGUUCCUUAACAAUUUGCCAGCACGACUAAAUAGUGAUAGUCAUUCAGACUUUCCUUCUGUUUCCCGUCCAUCCAGCUAUGUACACCCUGGAAAUAAUCCGCCAAGGUUCGAUCCGGAGCCAACAAGAGUCAACUUUACCAAACACGCAAUUUCUAAGCUUCCAUCUAUUUCUUCCAUCGGUACAAGUUCAUCACAGAUUUUGAUGUAUAAGGAAUAAUGGACAUUUCCUAGAUAGGAACCAGUAAUACCAAUAUUGUUGAUAUCCAAAGACUUGCACUGACUUUAUAGUUAUGUAUAAUUUGGAGAUUUGUAAAAUCAGCAAUAGCGACAUUACGUUCUAAUAAUCAAUUUGGAGAAUUUAAUCUAGCCAGUUGUAAAAGAACUGUGUAAAACUCCCAGCCUCG